AUGGAACCCGUGCUGCGCUCGGCGCAGGUGCUGGCGCGCGCCCUCGCGCAUUUCAGCGAGCUCCUAGGCUCCGGCGGGAACGCUGAACAGCUCGCCGCGGCAGGGGUCGAUGUGGCCGUUGUGCGCGAGCGCGCGGACCAGCUCGCCGCCGCGUUGGCGGAUCAAUUUGACAGACCCGCCAACGUGUAUGCGAGGCUCCGCGCCCCGCAGCGCACAGUUGCGGAGCUGCAGGCAGAACUAUCCAAAGUCAGGCGUUGGUGGCAGUACGCCUUGAAAAAGAAGGACCAGGCGCAGUCCGCGCUGGUGGCCGAGCGCCAAAGCAAGGAGGGAAACCAGAUGCGGGCUCUCUGGAUCAUCCGGUGUUUCCUGAGCCCCCCAACCUUGUCGCAGCGGGCGCUGGCUGAUUACUUGGGUGCUUUCCCUGUGGGCGGCGACCGGGCCCCAGUCGGGCAAGGGUUCAUUGGCCGAGUGCGGGACGCAUUCGCGGCGACCCUGAAAGAUUUCCAGAAGCACGAGCUGAACGCUUUAUGCGCCGCGGCGCUGGAUGCCAGAGAGGCGGCUGGUCAGCAGGGGCCUUGCGUCGUUUACCUCGUGCAUGUCCACGACGAAGCGCAGAUGCGGCUGCGCAGUUUCCAGACGGACGCCAACGCCACGCCGGGCAUGCCGCUGCCGCGCGGCGUCGGCGUCGGCGGGGACGCCUUCUCGAGGUCCAGGGAGGCCAAGGUGCAGAACAACGUUAUCCGUGUGGCCACGGGGGACGCUUGCCUGCAGUGGCUGACCGAAUUGCAGCCGCUGGCGCGCAAGACGGCCGACACCCUCGCCGCCGCAUUGUUUCAAGCCGUCAAGGACAUCCUCGAGAUAGUGGGGGGCCAGUGCGCGGGCCGCUCGCCCGUGCAUUCAUAUAGGCUUGUCCACUUGCUCAUCGGCGACGGCGUUAACACAAAUGCUGCCGCGGGAGCCCGCCUCCUUGAGUUGCUGCCGGCCCAGAUGGCCGCUUGCGGCAAGUACUUGUUGUUGCUGUUGCGGUGCGCCAGCCACCAGUCUAACCUGUGUGUAGAAGUGGCAAUCACUGGCAAGAAGCUUGCAAAACCUUUGGAGCAGUGCCCCCUGACGGCUAAUUGUUCGAGGCUGUUCAAGUAUCUGCUCGCGGCGCACGUGGACGAGUACUGCUCCUCGCUUCGCAUUUUCGUCGCCGCCCGCUUGCGCUUCAUACGCGUUCCUGCGGCGUUGUGGGCAGCGGGGCCGCUCGCCCUCGACGGCGCCGAGAGCGCGUUCCUCAGGUUGUACGGCGCCGACGUGUUCCCUGACGAGUACUGCCGCCACUUCCCGUCGGGCGUGCGGUCCUGGGACUACGUCUGCGAGGAGGGGGAAGACGCUGCCGCCAUCAGGGCCGCAGUUUACGCCGCCAUCCUCCGGGUCACUCUGAAAGUGGAGGAGCGGCCCGUGGUCACCCGCUUCUGGCUCUUCGGCGAGUGCGUUUUCUCGCUGGUGCGCCUCAAGGUCCUCGGCGUCGGGGGGGAUUUGUUCGAGGCGGAUGCCCGCGCGGAGGCGCGCCUCCGCGUGCAGCGAUUUGUGGCAUGGUGGCGCCGCCCAGAAACGGACAGGGAGGUGCGGCAAGCAGCUCUCUGUGUCCGCCUGACGCUCUUCGCCACGAAGCUGACGGCAAAAAAGGACAGCUCGGCGGACGAACGGCCCGCGGUCGUUCGCUUGCAGACUGGCGUCGUGCAAGAGCGGACCUCGGACGUCCUGCAGGAUAUUUUUCGACACCUCCACGCGGACCCAGUGUUGGAUAUCCCUGUCGUCGUCGAUCGCCUGCUCCUCACAGAGAUGCAUAUUUGUAUACGGUUUGGCCAAUAUAGUGACUGGCCAUACAGGAUGUGCACGAUGGUGGCGGCGUGGAACCCACUUGGCUUUCAGGACGCCAUCAAAAGUUUCCUGGACGCGGAGGAGACGGCCCUUGAUGCUGGUUACGGUGUCCCGGUUCAAAGAGAAGCGCUUGCCAAGGGCAGCCGGUCCGCUGCCAUCGACCACUUGAGGGGUAGCCACAUGCAGGAAGAGUUGUUUGGUCUCUUCAGUAAACUCGUAGCCAACUCACUCGAAGUUGAGCGCUCGCAUGCGCUGGGAAAGAGGAGCGAAACGACUCGCGGGAGAUUGCGGAGCGUCGGGUUCGCUUCGCGAAACCACAUCAUUGAGACGCACCUCCGGGGUUCCCGACAGGCGCGCUCCAGGACGUUCUACCUGCGGCGCCGCCUCCGCCAGCUGAAACACACGAGCGUCUGGUCCAAGGCCUGGGAGGACUGUCCAGAAUUGGCACCGAGACCAGUCGGCCGCCGUUUCGGCGCCCCCGCGUCGGCGGAUGCCGCCCGACCUGUUCGCCCUUGGGAUAGGAGGCGCCUGCAUGCGUACGUCGAGGAGAAUACCGAAAGCCUGCAGAGGAGAGUGCAAGAGGACCGGGCUAGGGCGAAGGAACUUGAAAAGCAGAUCGCCACCGUAGUCCCGCACUCGGCCGAAGACUGGCUCCGUUGGUUCUCCGUGGAGGAGAACGAGGCAACGUUCCGCGAGAGAAUGGACGCGGGCAGGGCGGAGUUUUCCCGCAGGAUCGACGGGCCCCCGCUUCGCGCGGCACCGAGGGUCCACCCGCAGGCAACAAGCAUCCGGGAUUUUCCUGCAUGGGCCAAGAAGCUUGCCCACGCGGAAGACGGAUUCUACCUCUUGAAAUGGGGCCCAGGUCGUGUGCUCUUGCUCUUGGUCGCCUCGAUCGGGUAUCAAGUUGGCUGCGUUGAGUUCGCUCGUGAUGGGCACAACAGCUUCACGCUCGAUGUCGGCAGGCGGCUUUCCGAUGUCAUCGCGCCGCUAACCAGGUUCGUGGCCGACCUUGCGCUCCCUGAGGCGACGACUGUGCACGGGGUGACCGUGGACGCGGCGCAGGUGGAUUGGCCCGACCUGCGGGUUUCUAUCACGAAGCCUGUGCUCAUUUCCAUGCCCGACAGGGCCGCCGUGCAGCGGAAGGUCGCCGCUCUCGAGAAGGCGGACAAGAUAGGUUCCGACCCCGACGACGAGGACGCUGAAUCCGUGGCAACGGACUUGGAGGAAAGCGCCGAGGAAUGCACGGAGGAAGCGGGGCCAGACGAGGGCGACGCACCCAAGGGCGCAGGCCGCGAGGCUGACGGCGACUCGUCGGGGCCAGAGGCCGCCCCCGGCGACGAGCGCAAGAAACCAGGUACCAACACUGUGCAGGACCAGUCGUGUUUGUACUUCACAAUGACCCGCAACCCCGCUUUUGUGGACAUUGUGUAUAGCUACCACAGUUUAUGGAGGAAACCCGACGAGCUCGGACGGCUGAACUACAGCAAGCGCCUCCGCCCGCGCAGAUACGGCGGGGGGGAACUCGGAGUUCGCAGGGUCUUCAUUGCGCUCCGGGCGUGGGGGCUCUGGCGGACGUCGCGAGGCGGCGGUGGAUGGAAAGAGCGGCGGUCUUGCCGCAGGAAAUGGUGGCAAAGCGAGGUGGAGGCUUUGCGGCGCGACUUGGCCUCUCUUGGGGGCGUUGACGCGCUGGGCCCCGCGGCGGGGGACGUGCGCGACUGGGCGCCGGAGAUCCUCUGA